AUGUACGACGUGACGCCGACGCGCAAGAGGCAGCAUACUCAGGGUCAUGCCUCUUCGCCGACGUGUCUGUUCUGUGGCAACGAUGCAGCGGUCAUCGAGACGGUGUCCCACUACUUUUUCGAGUGCGCGUACUCGACCAGCUUCUGGGGUGGGGUGCUACGCAUUCUGCUUGACAAGCUCGGCAUCGAGGAUACCGACGUCGAUCCGUCGACGUUCACUCCGGAGCAGCUGACUAUGGGGCUCCCCCUUUUGCGGGGUCGUGGGAGAACGACCUCGAAAUGGAUGUGGGUUCGGCUGGCCUGCGCGAUCGGUUUCCAGCGGCUGCACCUGCUCCGCUGGCGCGUUCAUCAGCGGUUCGAGCUGGACAACGUCGUGGCCCCUCCCUCGCUUCCCAGUGCGCUCAGAGCGUUCGAGCGAGAUUUUCUCUCUCGAGCGGGUUUUGUGCCUGGGGUUCGAGAUUGGGAGGUGUGAUGACCGAGUUAAGUCCUUCCUUCCCAUUUUCCUCCCUUCCUUUCCGGUCAGAAGCUGACUGUCUUGAAACUUGUUGCGCAGUGGAAGGCUGCGCACCUCUCCCUCUCUCUACUUUGUGCAGUAGCGGUUUUCGUUCUUGGAUGGAUCGGCAAGCCGGGUCGAUCGUCGUUGCGUUGGAGGCUUUGUGAAGUUCUCCCCUCUCUUUCCCCCCCUUUCUCCCUUCUCUUCCUCAUCUCGUUCCUGUUGCUCGGUUGUUGACUACGCUUCAGCCACUUCUCCUUUUAUUCCUAAGCCGUGUGUUGGAUUCCGUCGAAUACAUCGUUCGUUCGCGUUGGUCAAGAUCUACGGCAUGGAUCGGGAAGAAAGGUCGCUCGUUUUUUUGGUCAAUAUCCUCGCGUCAAGGCGAGGCUCGUUUCGUUGUAUUGGAUCGUUUUCGCUCGGCCCUGACGGCUCAACAGCCAGCACUCGAGACUCAGCCAAGGGAGGACAUCAGGCGCUGUCGGGGUGACGAGUAG